AAAAAAAAAAACCGUCAACCACUGAAAGCGGUAGUUGAAUGCACAGGUUAACUGUGAUGAUUGACAGCUGUCAGAACAUUUGGUGUCUUAAAUACGAUUACGAGAAUUUUUAUAGGAUUUGGGCAGAAGCAGACUGAUCAUGAGCACAGAGACUCAUGUGAAGGACAUUAAACCUGGACUCAAGAAUCUCAAUGUCAUCUUCAUCGUGCUGGAAACAGGACGAGUGACGAAGACCAAAGACGGUCACGAGGUGCGCUCAUGUAAAGUGGCUGACAAGACGGGCAGCAUCAGUGUCUCGGUUUGGGACGAAGUCGGUGACCUCAUCCAGGCGGGUGACAUCAUCAGACUGACCAAAGGUUAUGCCUCAGUUUUUAAAGGCUGUUUGACGCUGUACACUGGAAGGGGAGGUGAACUACAGAAGAUUGGAGAAUUCUGCAUGGUGUAUUCAGAGGUGCCAAACUUUAGUGAGCCAAAUCCAGAAUAUUUGGCCCAGAUUAAUAAAACGGGACUGAAUGACCAGAGCAGCAUUGCUGCCCCUGCAGGUAAUGACACUCUCAAUGGAAAUGGGAUGAAUACUCAAGACUCUGGUAACUCUACUAAUGCAAAUGGAAACAGGUUGACACCAAGUCCAGGUGUGGGAGGAAGUUCUGUGAGCAAUGGCAAGGAGACACGGCGAAUGGUCAAAAGAUGAUUUUGUUCAGUAAUCGAAUUAGCAUAGUGUACAGUAAUAAUUUCAAAAUGGUUGUAAGCAGCUAUGUGUCAUGUCUCAUUUGAAAACCUAUAUUGCUAAACUUUGAGCUUAAUGCUU